GGAAGAGUGACGUAAUUUAGAUCAGAAACCAAGCAGAAAGCUGAACUUAAAGGGUUCGUGAUAAAACCAGAAAAACCUUUUCGCAAAUCAGUUUAAAUUGGCAAAAGUUUCACAUCUUUUUCAUUUUCUAGCUGGAAUCAUGUCAUUUCUGUCAAGCCGACAUUCUGCUUUGACCUUAGCAAGACAAAGUCAACGAUACCAAGAAUUGGUAUUUCGUUUCAUUCAUAGAGCACCACUAGUGUUACACGAAGAAACUCAGCAGAAAACACAUUCUGAUUCUGAAUGUGAUAAUGGAGAUGUUAGUUUUGAUAGUGUGUUUGCUUCGAAUCACAUCCCAACAUCUCUUUUCCAACGAGUGUUUCUCUCCAUAGGCUCAGCUGGAAUAUCUAUUACGGAUCCAUCUAGAGGAGACAUGAUUGCAACAUUAGGAGAAACUACAGGAUCCUGUGCAUUACAAAUGAUGUUACAGACCAUGGAAAAUGAUGAGGAGGGGAGAAAAAUUCUGAGUGAGAGGCCUCGCCUUACUUCUAAAACGAUAAAUCUAUCGAAGCUUAAAUCAAUGCCAGAAGGCACUCUAGGUAGAGCAUAUUCUAAUUUUCUCACUGUAAAUAAUGUUUCUCCAGAUUCAAGAGCAACUACUCAGUUUGUGGAUGAUGUUGAACUGGCAUAUGUUAUGCAGAGAUACAGGGAAAUGCAUGAUUUGAUUCAUACUAUUCUUCAAAUGAGAACAAAUAUGUUAGGUGAGGUAACUGUCAAGUGGGUUGAGGCUAUCCAAACUAAACUUCCCAUGUGUGUUGGAGGAGCGCUGUUUGGUUCAAUUCGUCUUUCAAAAAAACAGCGGCAAAAAUACAUCUCCGAGUAUUUACCCUGGGCUAUUAGAACUGGGUGGGAGAGCAAGUUCCUUCUUAACUUAUAUUUUGAAAAGCGUUGGGACCAAACUUUAGAGGAACUUCAGAAAGAAAUGAACAUUGUACCUCUUGAAAUUGAGAAAGGGACUUACGUGAAGUAAUCAAGCAUAGAGUGAAGUGAUUUCAUUCCUUUCAUUGAUUUUAAGUUCAUAGAAUUUAAUAAAUUUAGAUAUUUUGAAUUGUUUUUCUCAGAAAGUAGUUUUCUUGUUAGAUGACUCCAGCGAUAGGAUGAAGAGGUCACCCAAUCAGAAACAGCCAACCCUAGCUAUAACCACUAUAGGCAAUAGCAUAUAAAGUGUGUCAUUCUCUUUCAAAAUUCAAGUUGUUGUUCCUUUUUUUUUUGUCUUUGGAGGUGCAAAAUUAAUAAACAAAGCUCCACAGGAAAGUCUUGUAGUAAACUAAACUAUAAUUUAUUUCUUAUGAGUAAGUACACAAUUGAAUUAGAUUGUACAGUCUCACUAAGAAUGAGCGUAUAAUUAACAAUUGCACUCAUUUAAAAUACAACAAUCACAUAAUCAACAUAAAAACUCAUUUAGAUUUUAAAAAUUGAAGCAAUUCUGGAAGAAAGGGCAGAAAAACUAAAAGUAUUAGAAAACCUAUAAGAAAUAAAUUUAGGUUUCUUAUUGAUAGGGCAAUGAAAAAGAUUUCACUUGUCAAAGAGUCACAAAGUAUUUUUAAGUUUGUAAAACUCUGAAUUUCUCAACCAGUUGAGAAAUCCAGAGUUAAGCAGUUGGAUCUCUAAAGAUAUUAUUUGAUCACAAAUCAUAAGGGAAGGUAAUGAAAAAUUUUGUUGUUCUCCAUAAAGAAUAAAAAUAUCUUCAGUAUGGAAAACCA